UUAUUUGGAUUACAAAGUUAUGAUAAAAGCAAUCGCUCUUAUAGUUCAUAUAGAACCUCAAAAGCAUUAUCCGCUGCUCGUAGCGCAUACGAAGGAGCUGAACAAGAACAGAAAGAUAUAGAGGACAGUAUUGAUGAAAUUAAUUCCAAAUUAUCACAAAAUUAUGGUUUGGAAGAUGAAUUUGCCAAAUUAGAUGAUGAUUGCUUUGAUCAUGAUUCUGGAGAAUAUACAUACACUUUAUGUAUGUUCGGCAGUGUAACGCAAAAGAGUAACAAAGAUCAUACAUCAACAGAUUUAGGCACUUUUGCGAAGUGGAUUGGGGCCGAAUCAAAAGAUGAUCCACAACACUAUACUCAAAUGCUUUAUGAAAAUGGAGCUAGAUGUUGGAAUGGACCAGCUCGAUCCGUUAAGGUAUAUCUUGAAUGUGGAGCCAAAAAUGAAAUCCUAUCAGUCUCUGAACCUGAAAAAUGCGAGUAUCAUAUGAAGAUGAUUACUCCAGCUGUUUGUCUUGAGAAUAAUAGUCCUAAAAUUGUGCAUGAUGAAUU